GCAGGGGGCGGAGCCGGGCCCGGGAGCUGAGCAGCCUGGCAACGGCGGAGGCGCUCCGAGCCGGAGAGUUUCCAGUAUGGCUUCUGCAUCAACUUCUAAGUAUAACUCACACUCCUUGGAGAAUGAAUCUGUUAAGAGGAUGUCUCAAGAUGCAGUCGGUCGGGAUCUCAGUGAGUGUGUUCCUCGACUGCCAGGAGAAACACUAAUUACUGACAAAGAAGUUAUUUACAUAUGUCCUUUCAAUGGCCCCAUUAAGGGAAGAGUUUACAUCACAAAUUAUCGUCUUUAUUUAAGAAGUUUGGAAGCGGAUUCUGCUCUAAUACUUGAUGUUCCUCUGGGUGUGAUCUCAAGAAUUGAAAAAAUGGGAGGCGCGACAAGUAGAGGCGAAAAUUCCUAUGGUCUAGAUAUUACUUGUAAAGAUAUGCGGAAUCUGAGGUUCGCCUUGAAGCAGGAAGGCCACAGCAGAAGAGACAUGUUUGAGAUCCUCACAAGACACGCCUUUCCUCUGGCACACAACCAGCCAUUAUUUGCAUUUUUAAAUGAAGAGAAGUUUAACGUGGAUGGGUGGACUGUUUAUAAUCCAGUGGACGAAUACAGAAGGCAGGGCCUGCCCAAUCACCACUGGAGGAUAACUUUCAUUAAUAAGUGCUAUGAACUCUGUGACACGUACCCUGCUCUUCUGGUGGUUCCCUAUCGGGCAUCAGAUGAGGAUCUUAGGAGAGUUGCAGCUUUCAGAUCCCGAAAUCGAAUUCCUGUGCUGUCAUGGAUCCACCCGGAAAACAAGACGGUCAUUGUGCGUUGCAGUCAGCCUCUUGUCGGUAUGAGUGGCAAGCGAAACAAAGAUGAUGAGAAAUAUCUGGAUGUGAUCAGGGAGACUAACAGACAACUCUCUAAGCUCACAAUCUAUGAUGCAAGACCCAGUGUAAACGCAGUGGCCAACAAGGCAACAGGAGGAGGAUAUGAAAGUGAUGAUGCAUAUCAUAAUGCCGAACUCUCUUUCUUAGACAUUCAUAAUAUUCAUGUCAUGCGUGAAUCUUUAAAAAAGGUGAAAGACAUUGUCUAUCCCAAUGUAGAAGAAUCUCAUUGGCUGUCCAGUUUGGAGUCUACUCAUUGGUUAGAACAUAUCAAGCUCGUUCUGACAGGAGCCAUCCAGGUGGCCGACAAGGUGUCUUCAGGGAAGAGCUCGGUGCUCGUGCACUGCAGCGACGGAUGGGACAGGACUGCUCAGCUCACGUCCCUGGCCAUGCUGAUGCUGGACAGCUUCUACAGGAGCAUUGAGGGCUUCGAAAUACUAGUCCAAAAAGAGUGGAUAAGUUUUGGACAUAAAUUUGCAUCUAGAAUAGGUCACGGGGAUAAAAACCAUGCUGAUGCUGACCGCUCUCCUAUUUUUCUCCAGUUCAUUGACUGCGUGUGGCAGAUGUCAAAGCAGUUCCCUACAGCUUUUGAGUUCAAUGAGCGCUUUUUGAUUACAGUCUUGGAUCAUCUGUAUAGUUGCCGAUUCGGUACUUUCUUAUUCAACUGUGAAGCCAUGCGAGAAAGACAGAAAGUCACGGAAAGAACAGUUUCUGUAUGGUCGCUGAUUAACAGCAAUAAAGAAAGUUUCAAAAACCCCUUUUAUACAAAAGAGAUCAAUCGAGUUUUAUAUCCUGUUGCCAGUAUGCGCCACUUGGAACUCUGGGUGAAUUACUACAUUCGAUGGAAUCCCAGAAUCAAGCAACAACAGCCAAAUCCAGUGGAGCAGCGCUACAUGGAGCUCUUGGCCUUGAGGGAUGAUUACAUAAAGAGGUUGGAGGAACUGCAGCUCGCCAACUCGGCCAAGCUUUCUGAUCCGCCCACUUCCCCUUCCAGCCCUUCACAGAUGAUGUCCCAUGUGCAGACUCACUUCUGAAGGGACCCCUGGCACUUUGAGCUCUGAAGAAAUGAAAUAGUUGACUUUCAUUCUGGGUAUCUAUACAAAGUAGAUUCAAACAUCCACCUCCAUAUAGAAGUUAAACUAACAUUGUCUUAGCCUCUUGAAUAUGUGCCUUCUGUAAUACAUAUUACAAGAAACCCACAGUGUCUGCAUUGUGAUCAGAAGGAGCCAAGAGGAGGUUCUGGAAAAUCCUGGCACCUUUCAAAAAAGGCACUUUGGAAAGAUGAAAUUGAAUUUACCUCUGUAGAAAUGCUACAUACACAGUAUGUGUUUUGUGGGCUUCCUCAGAAUGUUAUUUUAAAUCCGAGGGGGAAAUAUGUUUGUGAAAUGGAUUUUCCUCUGGCUGCUUAUAACAAUGCUUUGGAAUAUCUAAAAUGAACCCAAACGUGAAAGAUGGGGAUUACUGCCACAAGCCAAAUUGCACUCGGCUUCCUCAGCAUAAUCCAAAUGCAGGGCGUUUAAAUAACUGCCAACUUUUACCAUCCUAAGUGGUGACAUAAGGAAAAGUAGCUGUAUAAAUGGCCUUUUCAUUAUUUUGAAAUUGUGAAAAUGAAAGGUUCCCCAUUAUUUUCAAGAGAAGCAUAUUUUUAUAUUAAAAACUGUUAAGGCCCGGUUCAAUUUGACCUUACUCCUUAACUUACUGGUUCUACUUUCUAAGAGCUUUGGAGCUUGUCUAACAUUCUGAAUCAUACUACGGUUGUGGCAGACCCAUGUAUAGCACUGUGUAUGGGUGUCAGGGCCAUUCUGCUGCUUCGGUGAAUGUAGUCGCAAGUAGGGCUCUAGUCAGUGCAGCUUACCUGCCAAUUGUAGGAUCCCCAUCUGGGAUGUCUGAGGUAUGGCUACAGCACCCUUCUUUGAAGUAAAUGUCCCAGUUGUACAUUUUUUAGUGUGAUCUUGAAAGUGUUUUGUUUCUAUAUCUCAGUUUAAAUGAUGCUGGGUUUUCCUCCCCCACAAGCGUGCAUAAAAACUGGUUCUACAAAUUUUUACUUGAAGUACUGGGCAGUUUGUUUUUCAGGUUUUUUAUUUCAUUUCAUUUUGUUUUGUAAUAUGAAAUGAAAUUUUAAAUGGACAGUUCUAUUUGAUAUCUGAACUAAUUCAUUUAGUAAGUAUAUUUGUAAAAGCUAAA